ACAAACAAUAGUGAAUGGAAGAGGGAGGAACCAUCGCCGCUCCAGGUGUCGCACCAAACACACGGGCCACUUCGCUGUCGAUCCGUCUCAAUCCAGAUCAACGUCUCUCGGUGUCAUCGCAUCGUUUACACGGUCCUACCAACCCGUGUCUGUACAUCUGAUCGUUGACGAUUAUAUGAUUUCAAAGCUAAAGUGGUUUCGAAACUGCGGAUGCCACACAGUUUGUUUGUUUGUCAUUAUCCCCGGAGUGUCACCUUGCGUUUGUGCCGUUGCCCCACAACUUCAUUACGUCAUUUGCAUGUAUCAAGGUGACAGUAUGAAGCAUACCCUCGACUGGUAAGAUGACCCAUAAAAGAAAGAGCCCUAGACAUAUUCCAGACAAAAGCAACAUUGAAUUGCCAACAAUGACACAUUUGAUAGAGAGAACUUUUACUCGGACCGAAUGACUACAGGCGAGACAGAUUUAAUAGGAUCUAAUAAAUUGGACAACAGAUAGCAGCAUAGUGGAAUAUUCGAGUCUCGAGAUGGAGGUGGAACGGCAGGAAGUUGCAGAGGAAGAGACCUUCACCAAGGCUGGCCGGGACAACCCAGAAAACAAGAAGAGUCAGGGUCACACUUGUGAACUGUGUGGAAGAAGUUUUCCAUUCCUCAGCUCUUUGUCCCAGCAUAUGAGGAAGCACACUGGGGAGAAACCGUAUAAGUGUCCACACUGUGAGCAUCGCUCGGCUCAGAAGGGCAGCUUGAAAGCCCACAUUCGCAGCCACAAACUAGACGGCCUUACCCAGAGCACUGGCGGUGGUGGUGAGGAGGAAGAUGUCGACAUGGAAGGGGAGAAGGAAGGAGGGGUACCUGAAGAACAAGGCGGUUGUUCCAGUCCAACUGAAAGCACCUCAGCCUGCAACAAGGUCGUCAGCGGUGAGGAUACGACCAAAAUGAGGAAGAAAGGUGGAAAGAAGGAGAACGUCAAGCAGUCCGUGCAAUGUUCUCUGUGCAGGAAGAGACUUCCAGGUCAGGCAGAGCUUGAAAAGCACAUGCAGGAGUUUCACAAGGUCUUCCGAUGUGAAUUGUGUCCAUAUGAGACUUUGCAGGAGGACCAGCUGCAGUCUCACGUUGAGAAAGUACAUCCUAUUGAAGAGGAACCCAUCACCAAAGAAGCCCCUUCCAGCGAGGACACUGAGAGUAAGGGGGAGUUUCCGUGUGAACAAUGCGACCAGGUAUUUACUCAAGCUUGGUGCUUAAAAGCUCAUAUGAAGAAGCAUCAAAACAGCUUGGAUCACGGGUGCCGGAUCUGUGGACGCCGUUUCCGCGAGGCCUGGUUUCUACGGAGUCACAUGAAGACCCACGGCACCAAGUUAAAACCAAAGAGCGACUCCUACCGUCCUGCUACGGUCAACGAGGUAGCGCAGGAUGAGUCCAACUUGGUGAAUGAGGUGUGCCUGUAUGAACUCUGUGCCAAGUGUGGUAACUUCUUCCAUGACCGCAAAAGCUUGCAAUUGCACGAGCAGGUCCACAGAAACAUCGAGCAAGCCCCCAACAAUAUCAUCUGUGAUGAUAAAGACUUUGCAUCUGUCACCAAGACAGGCUUCAUGGAGUUCCUAAAUUUGAAACCGGCAGGAAGAACAGAAGUUUCCUUUGAGGAGACUCUUGGAAAAAGAAUCCCAGAGUUGGAUCCAGUCAGUAGCUACCAGGCUUGGCAGCUGGUCACCAGAGGCAAAUUGGUGGAGGUAUCAGAGAAAAGUUUGGGCUGGGAUGAGAGGUUAGCGGAUGCAGACGUAGCAUUCGACAGGGAAAAGGGCGAGUACGUCCUGACGCGACAGGACAAGAGGAAGAAACCGCUAGAUUCCUCCUCGAAUAUUCCGACCAAGAAACGCAAAGGUGCAGGAACCAACCCAGAUCACCACAGCAUCGAUGAAAGGAACGGUCAGCCCUCACUGGGUGAGCAAAGCCCAGAGGAUGAUUCCGAGUACCGGCCGGCUUCUCGCCCCAGCCGUAAGAAUUCCCAGAAAACCUCGGAGUGCUUAGAGUGUGGAAAGGGUUUCCGUACGCAGCAACAGAUGGUGAUUCACAUGCUCAUAAGACAUGGUGGCUUAAGUGAAGCAAUUAGUGGAAAUGGACUGUUUCGGAAAGCAGAGUCCAGUUCAUCUAAAGAAGGUGAAAAUGCCGGGCACGUCAGGGAUCAGAAAAGAACAGGGUCUUCUGCUGACACAGAUAAAAAGCCAUACACCUGUGACCACUGUGACUUUUGCACCUCGGAGCCCUCAGCCAUCGCCACUCACAUCCAAACUCAUCAUUUGUCUAUCAGGGACUGGGGCCAGAGGAGUGAUGCCUUACCCAGCUCACUCAGCCAAAGCCAAACUCACCAAACCAACCAUACGGUCUUCCCUAAGCUCAGAAAUGCCCUCCUGCAGCAGCCCUACUGGCCCUACACCAACUCAACUCACCUGGAGAGGGCAGCACUGAGCGAUGCCGUUACAUCCGAGGAUAAAAAGAGCGAAGGGCCGGAAGAUGGCAGUUCCACGGAUAAAGUGGACGCCAGUCUGCUUAAUCUCUGUGUGGAAAGCGAGAAGGUAGAAGUUUCAUCAAACAGUUUGGUUAAGCACCAGUGUCCUUAUUGCUCCUAUGCAACGUUCUAUCCAGAGGUUCUCUGGAUCCACCAACGAAUUGCACACAAAGUCGACAGCACUACAUUGGCGCCUAAGUGGGCCCUGAGAAACGGCCUCAAGGGGCCCAAAUCACUUCUUGAUAUAAAGAGACGCACUGGACCACCUCCGUUUUUGGAAGGUAAGGACUGCCCUUCUUUACCCAAGAUGAGAACCUGUCGAACAAGCCCACCUGAUUCCAGUCCUGCAGGGACAAAGACUUUAAAACCUCUGACGAGCAGUGUAGACUCAAGCUCUUCACAAAACAAGAGUUGGCAUGCAGCACCAGGGACGUCGUCGCACUCUUCCAAACACAAGGCCAGCAAGUCCAGGUCAGAUGAGUUGACGGGUAGCAAACACAAAGCGGAAGUCCAUCAGAACGGUUCCUCGCGGCCCACGCCAAGUCCGCAGAAGACCGGAAACCAAAAGACAGGGAGUAGAGGGAUGGAAAGCAGUCUGUUACCUCAAGAAGGACUUCAUUUCAUGCUGUCAAGCAAACACAACCUCUCGGAUCAAAGGAGCUCCAAACCUCACACUUCUCAAAACUCGGGCAGAUCUGAUACACAAGCUCAGGAUACACAGUCCGUAACCGGGUACGAAUCCUGGAGCAGGCUUGGUUUAAGUGGACCAUCUUCUCACUCCCAGUCCAGGAAGCAUUCGUCAGCUGACAGUCCAGAAGCCACGACGGACAUCAUGAGCUUUUUGAAGAACUGCAACUCUCAUGAUCUAGCUACUCUCUACCACCACUGGGGCUUCAACAAUGCCAUGGCAGAGCAAGCAGGGUUGGCGAGGUCAGGGUCUCAGCAGGGGGAAUAUGUGUGCCCUGUGUGCAGGAAGAGCUUCAGUCAGCCCAGCCAUUACCGCACGCAUAUGAGAUCGCACACAGGUGAGCGACCUUUCCAGUGCCAGUACUGUCCUUACAGCGCCUCGCAGAAAGGUAACCUGAAGACCCAUGUCCAGACUGUGCAUCGUCUAGCCUUUGACAACACGCAGUACCCUGACAGGAGACUCCGGCAAGCCCCUACCAACGACCCUGCGGACCCCAGCAGCCACGGGUCAUCUUAUUGAGCCAUCACCCCCCCAUCCAACUCAUCCGAGACUACUGUAUAAGUCAUUGAAGGUCCAUCAAAAACUGCUUCUAACAGUGUGAUGCAUAAGUACAGAUAAUGUGCUUAAAAAAAGGAUUUCCCAAAAAAAAUUAAAAAAGACUUUUAUUAAGUGUUUUUUAUGCUAAGAAUUUGUUGAGUUGUGUUUUUAGUUUAGUUUGAAUUUCUGUGUAACUUUAUUAUUUAAACCCGACGUGAAGUACCGAACCUAACCCAAGGGGGUCCGACAGAGGAACACAAACCACGCAGAACAGACCAAACCACAUUAACAACAUGUCCGACACAUGUUUACACUCCUAACCGAGAACUUCUUGAAAAACACUCGAGGGCUAAAGCCUCUGCACCAUAAGGUCAGAAUCGAUGGAUCACGACCUGCGUUCUCAAACACACGAACUUCAACCGACCCCCUAAACUUGAAAUGCUGCCUCUGAAUACCCUGAAUAACUAGCUGUAAUCGAAGUAGCCUUAGCGUGCAGUGUAAUUGUGCGCUUGCGUGUGUGUGUGUGUGCGAUUGUUUCCACAUUUUACUUCUCAGGACUUUAGUUAGACACGAUUCCAAAGUUUUCAUUCAUUUAAACCUGUGCAUAAAUGCACAAGAUGACAUGCAGUGAAAUCCAUUACCUUGAUUUGAGUUUUGGUAAAUAUAGGCGCAUGUAUAGUCGAGUGCGUUUUGUCACUGGUGGGGCAAACUUGUGGCACUAUCAUCAAAAUAUGUUUGCUUUGUGGAUUGAUGUAUUUAUAUAGGAGCAGCUGUAAAACAUGUGGGGUUCCACUUGCAUCAUGCUGUGUUACAUAAGUGACAGCACGUUUCGGAGAUCUCCCCUAGGAGUUUAAGGUAAAGGCACAUGCCAUGUUUUGUGUUAGUGUCAUUUGAUUGGUCCAACAAAGUCAGCAAUAUUUUGUGUGUCUGCAUUUAAUUUUUGAUGUAACUUAAAACGUUUUAAUGUAUUUCUUUAUUCCAUCAAACAUGUUUGCUUCCAUUAGUGGAUUAUAGAUCAGUAUCCCAAAAACAUACAAAAUAACUUAAUUCAAUGGCGUGUCAAGUCUUAAAGCCAUGUUAUAAAGCUCCAGUUUUUAAUGAAGGAACUGUUUGAUUCUUAACAUAUUAAAGGCCUCGGUUUAAAUUAUUGCAUCAUAGAGGCUAGUGAAUAGUAAAAAAACUAGAUUAAAGAGUAGUGUGUUUUAUAAUGUUACUUAUAAAGCUUUUAGAAUGCCAUAUUUUUAGAGAUUGAUACUUAAAUAAAAUAUCUUGGCCAUAUAUUUCUAUGGAUGUUGUAUGAGGUCAUUUAAAGUUUGCAAAUAUAGUCACACAGUGCUGUGUACACUGAAACAUUCAUUUAUGUAUAUCUAGAGCAUUUAUAUUGCCUAAACCAAUGAAACUAAUCCAAGAAAAACUAAAAAUAUCCAGUGUAAAUCCAUCUUAAACUGAAUUGGACCCAAAACCUUCUACCGGUUUAAGGCAGCGGUGACCCAGGAGGACAUGAGAGUUAGUUUUCUUACCACUGCCCCUGAGCAAGGCACUUAACUUUUGGUAGCUUCACUCCAUGUUCCUACAAUUGGUGUCUUGGACGUUGCACUGGAUUGAAUGUGACUGCUUUAGUAGCAAUUUACUAACAGUGAAUCAAGAGAUAAAUGUACUAGGAUAAAAGAAACAUUAAUAGUUUUACCUGUUAGUGUUUCUAAAUCGAAACCCCUGAGUACUAGACAGACAAUUAAGUAGCAUGUUACGAAUUCAUUUGCGAUUGUUUCUUUCUUUGUUUGUGUAACACUAUUAAUUUUGUGGUUUGAGUAGAAACAGUAGUUGUAUGUAUGGAAUGUAUUUUGUGUGGUUAAAAGAGUUUUUGUUUCUUUUUCCUUCCUCAUAUUUUGUUCCGAUCUCAAUGACGUACACACAACCCAUCUCAUACAUUGUUCAUUGUUGAAUUUUGAACCACCUAAAUUAAACUUUACCCCUGA